CUGCUGAGGGUAAUGAAGGAGGUAACAGUUGGCGGAAAAGGUGUGGUAAGAUCAAACGGUCCUUUAAGUCUCAGAUUUCUUUGUUUCUUUCUGUUUUGGCUUCCUUUUAGUUGGCUGCCCGUGAUUUGUUGGUAAUUCUAUCUUGCCACUAAUCCUAGUAUUUUGCUAACUGAAGUUUAGUUACCUCUUAUCUUGUGAGAUUUGGAAGUAGCAGGACAUCAGGACAAGUCAAAAUAUCAAAGUUUGCCGUGUUAGCCACAAAACUAAGUCAGUGAAGUUUGUCUGAAAGAAAAAAGAGAAACCAGGCGCCGCGCAGCACACUGUUCUCGUUCUUCCUUACUGCUGGCUUGUUGCAGUCAGAGAAAGAAAAGAAGCGGAGAGAGGAAACAAGGAUACAAGUCUCUGAAAAGAAUUUCCUGCAAUGAAAGAAGCAGAAAAUAAUAACACAUUAGAUCCAGCCUGUUCUGUGGAUGAACCACCGUUCUCCAAAAUAAUCUUGAAAAACCUUGACUUAAUGGGAAUAUGGCUGUUUGCCCUGCUGACUUUAAUGACAGUGAUUGCCAACCUGGUUUUUGUGGAAGAAGUUUGUUACAUCUACCAUAAAAUUCCCUCCUCCAAAAGAUCAAUUUUUAUUUGGAUAAAUGCAGCAGCUCCAGUGAUAGCUACAACAUCAUGCAUUGGAAUGUGGAUUCCUCGUUCAACGAUGUUUACAGAUUUCACUGCUGCCGUUUUUUUUGCUAUAGUUAUCCACAAGUUUCUGAUCAUGAUGAUAAAAGAAUGUGGGGGUCAAAAACUCUUCCUCAGGCACUUUAAGAAUGACCACUUCAAGAUAAGCACAGGUCCUUGUUGCUGCUGUUGUCUUUGUCUCCCAUAUAUACGCAUCAAUAGGAAAACACUAUUUUUACUGAAACUAGGAACCUUUCAAUUUGCUUUCCUCCGCCCUGUACUAAUGUUCCUAUCAAUAGUGCUAUGGACCAAUGGAAAUUACAAUCUUUCUGAUUUAUCUCUCAGUGGAGCUGCCAUAUGGAUUAACUGCUUCAUUGGUGUCCUUACAAUCAUUGCCCUUUGGCCAAUUGGAAUUAUGUUUCAACAAGUGCGGGUUCUCCUUAACUGCAAGAAGAUUAUUCCAAAAUUUGCACUUUAUGAGUUUGUUCUUGUUUUGAGUCAGCUUCAAGCAGCCAUAAUCAACAUACUGGCUAUGCAGGGGGUAAUUGCAUGUGCACCUCCACUUUCACCUUCAGCAAGAGGAGCAUCCUUGCCCACCCUUGAGUUACUUUAGAAGAGGUGAGGAUCUAUCACACUAGGUUUCCUUUUAUCUCCCUCUCUCAUUCAUACAUUUGAGGUGACAAUUUGUGGUGUUUAUGGGGAAAGGAGAUGUGAAAAAUGAGAGAGUCAGGCAGUUACGGUAAGAAGAACCAGGAGGUGCUUUUCUGCCCAAUGAUACACCAGAAAGUUGCAUGGGUACAUGUCCCUCAUGAGCAAGUAUGGAAGAAAUUAGCCAGAAAAUACAGCUCAAACUUGACAAGACGAACAAGAGGAGGCAGGGUUUGCUAAUGAAGCAAGAACCUCAUUAGUAUUGGGGAAGUGCGGGGAAUCAAAAGCAGUCUCUGUUUGUGGGACAAUUGACAUAUAUGCCCCAAAGAAGCAACAACAGAAGGAACAAACUCACAUUGUUGCUUUUAUGCCACAAAGCAAAAAAAGGAAUUCUAGGGACAGAACAAGAUAACCAGGAAUUGUUAGUCAUUACUUUGGAAUUGUGCACAUGUCAUGUGAACUGGGAAUUAAAUCGUGGAAAGAGACAUUCAGGGGUAGUUAGCAUCAUAUUUAUCCUGUUUGGAUUUCCCCACUAUUUAGCUUCAAAGACAUCAACUGAAUACAGUACAACUCAUUAACAUGUAUAGCUUUGUGCUGUAAGAAUGUUUUCCCCUUGUCCCCCCCCCCCCCCCCCCCCGUUACUUUGUAAUGCAAAUGCAAUAGCUACACUGGCCAGAUUGCUCAUUUGAAUACAAAUGCCUGUAUUGCAUUUUUAUAUAUUAUCUUAACAGUUAAUGUUCAUAUAAGUGGCUUCAGAAAAGUUCAAAGACAAAUGUAAAUUUCAUAUAUGAAAACAUAGAACUGCAAUCUUAAGCAUAUUUAUUUGUAAAUAAUUCUCUAGCUGAAAUAAAUGGGACUUGCUUCCAGAUAAGUGUUCAAGAACAUGGAAUAUGAUGAAUAAGGUAACACUUGAUUACUAAAUAGUCAUUUUAUAGGUAGUAUAUUGCCAGAGCUUGAAAUUAUGGUAACUAGUUGCAUACUAGUUGCAAACAACGAGUUACUGGCGGUUGAUUCUUCCCCCGUCCCCCACCCAAUAAUCAACAAUCAAGACAUAAGUUGUAUUAUAAUUGUAAUGUGACAAAGGGGAACAUUACUUUUUCAGACUAUAAUUAUAACCAGUUGGUCACUUUUAUAGUUACAGUAAUGUGACCUCUCAAAAUCAUAGGAGGGGAACAUGGCCUAGUUACAAAAUGACACUUUUAUAGGUGCUUAAGUGACAAAAAAGAGGAUGCAAGAAACUGUGUUUUAUUUCACAGAUUGGUGGCUUGUAGCAUUCAGUUGUCGUUUUUUAAAGUUACUUUAAGUUAAUAUAAUUGCUUAAUGAGAGGAAGUUUAGGAUUUAAAAAAAAAUAGAAAUGCAACUAUAAUUUCUAUAAUUGGAGCCCCCGGUGGCACAGCGGAUUAAACCGCUGAGCUAUUGAACUUGCUGACCAAAAGGUCAGUGAUUCAACUCCUGGAAUGGGGUGAGCUCCCGCUGUUAGCUCUAGCUUUUACCAACCUAACAGUUCGAAAACAUGCAAAGUAGAUCAAUAGGUAUCACUUCUGCAGGAAGGUAAUGGCGCUUCAUGCACUCAUGCUGGCCACGUGACCUUGGAGGUGUCUACGAACAAUGCUGCUAGGAUUUCUGGGAGUUGAAGGCCAAAACAUUUGAAGACCCACACGUUGAGAACCAUUGCCUUAGAUUCCUUUUACAGGAAGAUUAUCACCAGAUCCAAACUCAAACACAAAUAGAAAAAUCAGUUAUCAAACCCCUGGGGAUUCAAGAAAGAAAAUGAAUAAUUUUCUCAGUUUUUACAGAUCUACAGUAAAAAUCCACUAUUUUUGAGUUUGUGGACAUUUUCUAUUCCAAAAAUUUACCACAAGAAUGUCUGCACUCUUUUACAUUCACUGCCUAUCCUUAAGCUUGUCAUGUUGUUUUUUUCAUC